AUGCAAUCACCACGUCCACUCGCUACAUCUUCACCGAGCCCGAGUCAACAAGAUGACCAGCUCCCUCAUCUACUCUCCCUCAAGGUUAUGCGAUUAUCGCGUCCCCAACUUACAGCAACGAUGCCCAUCUAUUACGAGUCAACCAACCCGUUAAUUGAAGGGUUAGAUUCUCUGAACAUAUCAGACCUCACCGCUUCCCAUCCAAUUGAAGGCAAAAGCAACGAUCUGCAAAUUCGAGAUUUUGGACUGAGCCAAAUGUUGAAGCUUCCCUCAGCGUUUGGCAACAUAUACCUUGGAGAGAACUUUAGCACGUUUAUCAGCAUCAACAACGAAUCGCCCUUUGCAGUGCAGCAGGUAGGAGUCAAGAUUGAGCUGCAGACAUCAUCACAACGCUUUGUACUAUCAGACACCACGACAGCACCACAUACCGCACUGGAAACACAAGCAACGUAUGACACAACUGUAUCGCAUGAAAUCAAGGAGCUUGGAGUGCACAUUUUGGUGUGCUCGGUCCACUACAAUGCACCUGAUGGCAGAAAAAGGCAUUUCCGCAAAUUUUACAAAUUUCAGGUGUCCAAUCCAUUGGCUGUCAAGACCAAGCUGAACAACAUGAUUGAUGGCCGAGUAUUUCUGGAGGCACAGCUGCAAAACGUGUCAGCAGGACCUAUGUUUUUGGAGAGAAUGAAGUUUGAGCCGUCUGAGCACUUUCAAUUUGAGGAUCUGAAUCAGUGCGUCGUCUCCAAACAAGAGAGCAAAGAGGCGUCUGUGUUUGGCGACAGUUUUAUCCAUCCUCAAGAUGUUCGACAGUACUUGUACAUGCUAUCACCACGCAAUUCCGACAAUGACCGCAUAUCACGAACCACCAAUGCCUUGGGAAAGCUGGACAUUGUGUGGAGAUCGUAUAUGGGAGACUUGGGCAGGUUGCAGACAUCUCAGCUCACGAGAAAAGCGCCCAUGUUGGAGGACUUGGAGGUACAGCCGUUCUGGAUCUCGGAAGGGCCCGUGCAGAUCAUUUUAGAGCAGCCAUUCAAGCUUGGCAUCCGCAUCAAGAACCACAGCAACGACAACAUGAAGUUGGUAUUGAGCAGCAUUAAAACCAAGAUGGGAUCCGUGCUGUUGAGUGGUCUUAGCAGCAGACAGUUGGGUGAAGUGGGUCCAAAUCAGUCGACAGACACUCAAAUUGAGUUUUUCCCACUGACGCCUGGAUUGCAGCGAGUGGGUGGAUUGCGAGUGAUGGACCUAUUAUCUGGAUAUACCAAGGAUAUUGACCAUGUUUGUGAUAUUUUUGUCUUAUCCCAAUCAAAAUAA